AGCUUUCUCUUGUCAUGAACUUUAGUGGGUCGGGACCACUCUAAAAGAUAAGUCACAGUAGAUUUUGGUUCAACAUUUCAGUGUUAUGCAGAAAACCUCAACACUUUCAAGGGAAAGUAUUAGACAGUUGGUGUGUUUCCCUCACUGAGAUGCAGUCAUGAUUCUUUGUAAUGAAUAGGAAGUGCUCUGCUACUUUUUAAUCACUCACUUUAAUCGUAGUCUCAUGUGAUAACGCUCCAUUAAGACUUGGUGCCCGCUGUCUUUUGGUAACCUAUCUGAACACAUAUCUACUUCUAGCAAUCUAUAAAAUUGGUAUAUUACCUAUUGAUGUUCAACAUGUCAUGCAUAAUUAUUUUUGCAGGGCUUUGAUGCGUUUUGAUAACAACACAUUUCAUGUAUUGCAGAUCAUGGCUAUCAUUGGAGGGACAGUAGAAACCCUAGAUGAAAUUCCAGGUCAUGUGUGGAAGGGUUUGCCCGACUGUUUGCGUCUUGGACCGUCCGCUAUAAAUCAAAGCCGCGUCGGUGUCUGGGCCACUCAGUUCAUCCCUAAAGGCCGGCGGUUCGGCCCAUUUGUUGGAGAGAAGAAAAAAAGGUCCCAGGUGACCAGUAACGUGUACAUGUGGGAGAUUUACUUCCCAGCGCGGGGCUGGAUGUGUGUUGACGCCACAGACCCCAUGAAGGGGAACUGGCUGCGAUACGUGAACUGGGCACGCUCCGGUGAAGAGCAGAAUCUUUUCCCCCUGGAGAUCAACAAAGCCAUUUACUACAAAGUGUUAAGGCCUAUCGGGCCGGGAGAGGAGCUGCUGGUGUGGUACACUGUGGAAGACAACCCGGAGAUAACAGCUGCACUGGAGGAAGAAAGAGCCAGCAGUCUGAGCAGGAAAAACUCACCCAGGGCGAAGCGAGCCAGAAGAAAGCUGCUGGAGAGAGGAUUCAAGAAAGCAAGCGUAACCAAACCUACCGUCAAGGAGAUGUGGGAUGGAGAAGAAGGUCUGAAGGAGGAGGACGAGGGGCCAUCAACCUUAGGGCCCGCACAGGAACUCCAGGAAACCCAUCCCAUGAGAAGCACUGACCGUAGCGGUGUGCAGGACAUGUCAACAGUGAUGACUCACAAGGGAAAUGGGGAGGAGGAAGAGGAAGAAGAAGAGGAGGAGGAGGAUGCUGAGGAUUCGAGUGAAGCACAGCAACAAACUUCUCCGCGUUUACCUGCCGCUGAUUCCAUGCAAAAUAAGCAGCCGGGCCCAUUGCUGACCUGCGGUGAAGAAAGCCAUAAGGAUCCACAGGGAAAGGCUGAGUCUUCCUCACUUGCGGGGCAAGAACCGCAGGUUGAUCCUGAUCCUGAUCUUGACCCAGACCCCGAUGGUGACCUUGAGGACGAUCCCCAUGGAGAGUCGUAUCCCUGUCAACACUGCGAGCGCCACUUCUCCACCAGACAGGGUCUGGAACGUCACAUACACAUUCAUGCCAUCACUAACCAGCAAAUGCAACUGUUCAAGUGCCGGUACUGCAGUAAAUCCUUCGGCUCGCAGGUGGGGCGGCGGCGGCAUGAGAGACGGCACGAGAGUGGGCUUAAGAAAAGGCCCGGCUCUCUGGCAGGCACUGCCACUCUAAUCAGUCCUGUGAUGCACACCGAUGCUUCGAGUCCCGACUGCACCAGCCCGACGAGUCACUAUAUAGCCAUAGGGUCCCAGGUUACUGGAGUACCUCUACUCAACUCUGAGAUGCAGAGAAAGGAGUUGGGGCCUUAUGCUGACCGUCCUUUUAUAUUGGAUGAAAAUGGGGAGUCAAAGGAACUCCAUCCCUGCAAGUACUGUAAUAAAGCGUUUGGCACACACACAAACAUGCGCCGACACCAACGUAGAAUACAUGAACGGCACUUAUUACCAAAGGGGGUUCGCAGGAAAGGCAUGCUGCUGCAAGAGGCAUCGGUGCAGAAGAAGCAGCAGCAGCAGCCUGAUGAGUCACCGAGCACCAGCCCUCCGCCCGUCUACGUGCCCAGUGCGGACACAGAAGACGAGGUAGACAGGGAUGAUUACGCAGUUGACAUAUCCAAAAACAUCUCUGAGAAUUUGAGCUUCUACAUUGACGGCAAGAUUGUGUCCACCAGUUCGGUGAGCAGCUGCGAUGUGAUAGAGGUGGACUCCAGAUCUGCGGCUCUGUUCGGUCUGAACACAGUCAUCCUUAGUCCAAAUCAGAUUAGUCAGGCGCUGAAGGUGGACGGUCGAACUGGUGCGGCGAAGCAAAUGUCCAACAUCGGCCAGCCGGCAGCAAAAAGAAGAACAUCCACGCCUCCGUUUGUUCCCAGCCUUAAAGUCGAGACGGAGUCGGCAUCCCUCGCAGCCUCUUCGUCGUCUUCAUCAUCCUCUACGUCUUCCUCGUCUAACUUGUUAGUGGGUGGGCUGUUCCAACAAGCUGCCGAUUCAUCAGCAUUUCAACGAGAGAAAACGGUUUAUCUCUCGCCGAAGCUCAAACAGCUCCUUCAGACAAAAGACAUUCAGAAAUCAACCAUUGCCCUGAUAACAGAAAGCCAUAGAUUGGCCUCGCCGCUGUCAGUCACGCAGCUGCCAGGGGCCUCAGGCCGGUUUAAAAGAAGAACAUCCUCUCCCCCGUCAUCUCCACAACUCAGUCCUGCAUGUAAAACGGAGAGCUGUAAAUCCGAGGGGGUGAGCUCAUUCGCCCUAAAGGUGCCAAAGCUGGAAAGCCGCAGUGAGUCACCUCCUGGGAGCCUACUGGACAAAGAAGAUGGAGACAGCUUGAACCUUUCUGACAAUAAUAUGCACGGCCAAACCUCAUCUAAUAGUGGUGGAAAUUCCUGUAAUCAGCAGCCCUUGGAUCUGUCAAACUCUGUCAGCAGGUGGAGGGAGAGCUCGAACAAGGUGCUCGGGGAUUCGGCUCUUGAUUUAAGCUUCCAUCGGAAGAGCAACGUCGAGCCGGAGUUAAAGGGAGGUCCAGCCCCACAGCCACUGAUAAAAAAGAGAAAGCCGAACACUAGCAUGCUUGAAAAGGUGCUGAUGAAUGAUUAUUUAGGUCUACCUUUGCCAGGAGAGGAGGGCCCCUCUGCCGUAGCAAAUUUGAGUUGUUUCCAUUCUCGCUCUCCAAGCACUGCGACUGAGUCUGCCCACCCCUCUCCACCCUCUUUGACCCCUGUCACCAUGAACCCCCCUUCCCCCGAUAGCUCCAGCGUGACAUCCCCAACCCCACCGCCCCCUCUACUACCUACGAUACCGUCUCCGCCAGCUAUGCCUAGCUCGCCUCUUUCUCAGCCGUCGGACUUCUCUGCCCAAAGACCUCUUCCCGUCCUCUCGCCAAAAAUGUCACCAAGAUCGGUUGAACACAAUCCUAUGUCGGACUCUGAGGACAAUUUGUUUGGUGAAGAAGACGAGGAAGGGGACCAUAUCUCUGAGCCGCAGGACUUCCCGAACACUCCGCUUAAAGAUCCCGAUAACCGCUCGCCGUCAUUAAGCCGGCCUGAGCCGACAUCGGUCGAUCUGGCCGCUAUGGAAGAAGAUGUUUCCCCGACUGCAUCUUCCGUCGCAAUGGCAAACGGCAAAAUUAACCAAAACGUUGACUCGGUAACCGAGGGAACUCCUGCUGCCCUCUCACCCCAGCCAGAAUCCUCAUCUUCCUCAUCAUCAUCUCCUCCUCCUGCAUCUCAUGAUCCAUCUCCGACACUGGUUUUACAAUCCCUCCCUCAGAUUAAGAUAAAAGAAGAGCCUCAGCCCUGCGUAGAUGAGCUGCCCGUUAUGAAUCACGCCCCUCCGGAUAUGGUUGACUCUUCACCUCAGCCUGCUGCUCCCGAUAAACCGUCCGACAAAACCUCUGAGGCGGAGGACGUCGACUCGACAUACUGCAAGACCUUUGUGUGUAAUGUCUGCGAGGAGCCGUUCGACUCCAUCAAAGAGCUCAGCGGACACAUCGCUGAGCAUGCUGCCGAUUGGCCCUUCAAAUGUGAAUUCUGCGUGCAGCUGUUUGGCGAUGCUCCAGCCCUGUUGGCUCACCGGACAGCGCUACACGGAGUGGGCAGGAUUUUUGUGUGCUCCUUUUGUUCCAAGGAGUUUGCAUUUCUAUGUAACCUCCAGCAGCACCAAAAGGAUUUGCAUCCAAACGAGACAUGUUCACACACUACUGUAGAAAGUGGCAAGCUUAGGCCACAGAACUACACGGAUCCAUCCAGAGCCAAAGAGGAAAGCAGUCCUUCAACACCGGCACCGGAGACGACCGAUGAAGCCGCUCCACACAUUGACACCGACGUAGCAAAAGAAGAGCCCGACGUUAACGGUAAUCACACAGAGGACGGGACGGAGGACCCCAAUGAGGAGCUGUACACUACAAUAAAGAUCAUGGCCUCAGAAGGAGGGAAGCCUAAAGCCCCGGAUGUUCGCCUUGGCAUUAACCAACACUACCCCAGUUACAAACCGCCCCCUUUUCCUUAUCACAGCCGUUCCCAUGCUGGCUCGGUGGCCUCGGCUACUAACUUCACCACCCACAACAUACCACAAACUUUCAGCACUGCCAUACGCUGCACCAAGUGUGGCAACAGCUUUGACAACAUGCCUGAACUGCACAAGCACAUUUUGGCCUGUGCCAGUGCCAGUGAUAAGAAGCGCUACACUCCCAAGAAAAACCCCAUCCCCCUCAAGCAAAUAGUGAAGAGUCCCAACGGAGUCGUGUCGCCCUCGGCAGCCGCUGCAGGCCAGAGUCCUUUCCGUAGAAUGGGUCAGCCAAAAAGACUUAACUUUAAUCAAGACACGAAUGGUAAAACAAAAAUGAGUUCCCUCAGUAAGAAGAAAAACCAGCUCGUCCAGAAAGCGAUUUCACAGAAGAAUAAAGCUGCCACUACUGCAAAGAAGGCCACUGUUAAAGUUGAAGAAGAGCAGGCCUCUAACGUUUGCCCCCACUGCAGUCGGGAGUUUACUUAUCCUGCCAGUCUCGGUAAACACAUGGCAGUCAGCUGUCCCAUGAAGCCUGUUGUUAAAAGGGGCAGAAAGGGUCUAGCAGAGGUGAAAAAAGAGGUGGCGUCGGUGGCAGAUAAAAACACAAAGCUUAGAAAGAAAGCCUCGGACAGUGAAAUAUCGCAGACGGAGCCGGAGCUUAAACCCCUCGGAAAGACCAGAGCUCGCAGCUCUGGAGCAGCAGACCAUGAACCCUCCCAGGCAAACAAAGGAAAACCUGCCGCGACACUGGGCAGACUAAAGAGGCCUGCCUCCUUCCCAGCACCAGUCUCUGCAAGCAAGAAAACCAAGAAGGGCCAAGUUCAGUCUCUACCUCCCACCCCGUCAGCCCCCGACACUCCCAGUGACACUGCACAACCACGGCCAGCCAUGAGAAUGCAGCGUAUGGGCAAAGAGGCAGCACCCAAGAGAUUAGCCGGGGCCAAAUCACCACCUCCACCACCACUGCCGCCACCGCCGCCGCCGCAACAGCUGAAGAAAGAGGAGCGGUUCUCCCUCCGGAUGAGGGAGAGAGUAGGUGGUCCAGUCACCAGGAGCUUACAAAUGGUCAACGCCGCUCCUUCUGUUGACGUGAAAACAGAAGAAGCACCAAUUCAAGAGCCAAAAGAGACUCAGGAAGUGCUGAUGAAGUGAGCCAUGUGGACACUGUUGAGCUCAUCUGGGAGCUCAUCUCACCUCUCAGGCAAUGCUCCGGACUAAUCAAGGCACUGAGGUCAACCUUUUCGUGGUGGGACUGUUAUUAAAUCUCUCAACUGCCUUUGCUGGAUUUACGGAGGGAACUCUCUUUAUCUUCCGUCUAUCUUAUGAACUGAACUGAGCCUCGAUUUUAGCCAGCUUGCAAAAAAAAAAAAAAAAAAAAAAAAGGAAAAAGAAACCGUAAAUGACAAUGAGUUAAUAUAUACAAUAUGAGUCAUUACUUGACCCAAAACAGUAACAUUAGGGCUCCGUUAUGUUGGAAAGCUGAUAUAUUGCAAAUGGCAAUCAUGUAUCAGUGAGGGUUGGGAAAUAGUUUAUUCUUUCAUUCUAUAUUUUUUCGCAUUUUUGGUUGUUUAGAUUUGUGGAUGUUUCCAGAGUCUCUUCAUGCAUGUGCAGAAUAGAGCAUCAACUAGAUAAAGCCAAUUUCCAUGUCUCUCCCAACGGGCACCUACUUCAGUUUAUACAUGAUUUGCAAAGUAUGUAUGUUUUGAUUUAAAUUUCUGUAGUCAUUAUAUUGUAGAAUAUAUCUAGCUGGUAUAUUUUUGUUUGGGAAACAAAAAUGAAAAUGGCAGUAGUCGACUGCAACAACUGGUCCUCAGGAACACUGUAUAUCUGUGUGGUAAGUAUGAGUGUGGUUCUAGUCGGGCGUGUGUGGCCUGACAGCUAUUCCUUUGGAUACAUCUCAAGUAUGUCGUGUUUUUACUUGGUUUCUCGUAUUCUUGUUUAUCCGACGUCGGCAGUUAAUUCGAGUAGUACAAUGAUUGAAACUAUGUUGUGGUCUCCUAAAAUAAUGUCUUGAAAAGAAUUUUUAGUAACACUCAUUCAGCCCGGUGUUUCUUACAGCACUUUAAAACAAACUGCCAAAAUGUCUAGCUUGGAUCGGUGAGAUUGGCUCAGUUGAACGGUGAAUAAUGGAAUGUAUUCAGACACUUUGUAGACUCUGGUCAUUUGCACCAAAUUGGUGCAAAGUAUUCAUCUAAUCUCCAAUACUGCUUUUACAGCCAACAGACAGCUGAAUUGGUUGUUUCCGUUAAGCGAUUUGACACAGGAAAAUGACACAUGAACCAC